CUAUUCCCCCGGAUCCCGGAUUUUUUCUCUGCUGCUCCUAUAGAUAUAAAAUAUAUAAAAUAUAAAUAUAUUAAAUAUAUUAGAAGGGGCCGCUCCCUUUAUCAUUUGUCAACAAUGAUGGGUCAGAUAAACGGAUGAUUACGGUGCGGUGAGGCAGAAAAUAGUUUCUCGAUUUUCAUUCGAUUGACAGCCUACUAAAAAUUCAUUUACCGGAGUCAACAUUCUUUUCUAUAAAUAUGAUAAAUGUGAAACAAUGCGAAUGAUAAAGGAAUUUUUCAUCGUUCUUCUAGAUUCACGUCUUAAGAAAAUGUGACUGCUUGAUCUUAUUGCAUACCUAUCUUUAUGUAUGCAUAAUUACUGUAGGAGCUCACAAUCAAAAGUUGUAUAUGUGUUCGUUUAACUCUGCUAUACGUACAUAGUUUUAUAUAUAUUACACAGAAUGCAAACUCAAAGUUCAUGUGAAGAUUCGCUUAUUUUAAUUACUUAGUGCAUAAAUAUUGGCAAAAGUAACUGAAUCAUCAUUGAUGUCGUCGAAUUCUUCAACACAAGCACUUCCUAGUGAAGUAUUCUUUAGAAAUGCUAAUGGGGAGCAGUUAACACUGGAAAAUAAAACAAGCUUGAAUCUGACGAGUACUAACAAUAUCAUAAAUUUUUCACUGCAAAGCAAAAGAAACUUUAAUGUCAAUUUAUGUUUAGUAUUAUUCUGUGCGACUCUCUUUGUAUGGAUUAUAUCGGAAAUUUUAAUUUCUUUCAUAAUAUCAGUGUGCAUUUUGGCAUUGCAGUGUAAAUCAUUUAUCGCUUCUGCAAAGCAAGAUACAUUGUUAGUUGUAGAAUCAGUAGGUGUACAUAUUGAAAGUAAAAGAGGAUUUGGUAUUUUUACAUCUAUAGAAUUCUUGCCAUGGGACACAGUAGAAGAUAUAUUUAUCAAUGAAGUUAUAAAAGGACAAAGGGUACUUUAUUAUCUUACAUUCAUUGUAAAAGAAUCGGUUGGGAGACAGACUACAAGAAGAUUAGUUCCAUUAUUUCAAGAUUUAUUACCUGAAAGAAAAUGCCUAGAAUAUAUGUACGGACGCUUAGCCAACUUGAUUGGCUCAACCAAGAGGAAACUCUCUUAACUAUCCCUGGUUCAUAUUGGCUAUGUCAUAAAAAGAACAUAUACAAGUUUAUCUUUAGAUAUCAUCGUACAGUGAAGAAUACUAUGCAAUUUUUGUAUGGUCGAGAAUUAUUAAAAAUUGUUAGAAGAAUUAUAAAAUGUCAUCCAAAUCAAGGUCAACAGUUUGGCACUCCACAUCUUCUUGUCACUUACAAUUGUACAUCUUGGACCCGUCAAGAUAAAAUGUUUGCAAUACUGAAGUUCCAACAACGAACAAAUGCUGCAACAUUUUCACAUGCAUUUGUAUUAACUAUAAGGAUCUAUCCUUCGUCGGAACACUCGUUGUCUAACUUAAAUUAUCCUAUUGUUAAAGAAGCUGAUACUGGUACUGAAUUUAAAGAUUUAAAUGUUCCCUUGAAUACUGAAGAGAAAAUUACUAGAACUGCAAUAUGUACUGACAAAGUGUCUUCAAGAAAAGUUGCAAUAUCUCAUAACAAGGAAGAUCAAAUUUCAAAAUAUAAUGAGAACACACUUAACAAAACGUCAGAAACAAAAGUAUCCAAUUUACAAGAUAAUAUGAAAAAUCUUGAAGAUUUUGAAAGUCUAAAUGCAACAAUUAAAAAUGCAACAGCUACAGAUGAAGUGCAUUUUAUUAAUAAAGAAUUUCAAGAUAACUUAAACGAAAAUAAGUCUACAAACUGUAAUAUUAAAGAAUGUGAAAGAAAUAUGGAUCAACAUCCUAUUGAUCACGUACAAGAACAAUCCAUAAUAGAAACAAAGAAGAUGGAUAAAAUUGCUGUGACAAAGAUAGAUGAUAUAAAUCAAGAAACGAAAUCAAUAGCAAGAAAAAAAUCAACUCAAGAGAUACAAAAUAUUCGGAAAUAUAAAAUAUUUUCUUCACUUAAAUCGUCUCUAACAGGAAUAAACAGGAUAAAAGAUGAUGUUGAUAAAUGGACAUUAUCGAGUGGAUUUGGUUUUUAUGAAAAUUCAACGGAGAAAAAUAUUUGUUCUUUAAAUGAUAAAGAUCAUUUUGAUGACAAUGGAAAGGCAAUCAGUGAGACUAUUGUAAACCCUGAUAAUCUACCAGAUCAAUAUAAUAAAUCUUGCAAAGCUCGUAAACAAAAAAGCAGGGAAUCCGAGAGAAAAAUCGUAUCCGAGGAUAAGAUUUUGCGUUCAUCCAAUAUUACCGAUUUAGUAAUGGAAGGAUUAAUGUUCACUAUACGACAAGAUCAGGAUAGUGUAGCUGUCAUUGAACAAAAAACCAAGCUGGAAAUAGAUGAAGUAUUAGAGAAUUCUGAAAAAGUCGAGACAAAAGCUGGAGAGAAGUGUUUAUUAAAUUCAAGCUUACUAAGACUCGAAAACUUGGUAACAAUGAUCGACUCACCGCAUAAAGACCAGCAACAUAAAACUACUUGUCAUUCAAUUUGCGAUAACAUGUGUUUGUCACCGUUAAAUAUUUUUCCUAGCGAUACUGUACAUAAUUUAGAUGUUAAUAAUAUAGAUAAAUUAAAUAUUCCUACAAGUUAUGACAAGCACAGAGCUGAUAUAAAACCUUUAUAUCCAUGCGCGCGAUGGACGCGUAAACGCAUUUCUUCUAGUAUUGACAACAGCGAUUGUUCGGCAAAAAAAAUGAUGCCAGAAGGAAGCGAGCAAUUAAUGAAACAACAAGAUAAUGAUAAUAAGCGCGAUAGAAAGGAUGGAGAUGACAUUGAAAUGGAAAGAGAAAAAAGAAAGGAUGUUCUCAAAGUUUUUCCUGUAUUAUUUUCUAAGGAAGAGAAUGCAGGAUCGCAAAAUAUACAGGAUACAAAAAAAGAUUUAUUGAUGAACAAUACAGAUGUUGAAGAGACAAGCAGGCAUGAAAUGCCUGCAAAAAAAUUUUACAAUUCAAAUAAUACAUUAUCAUGCUCUUUAUCAAGUCCAAAGAAAAUAUUUACAAAAAAGGAAAGUUCUACAAUUUCUGAGGAGUCUGUUUUAACAAAGACAAAUGGUCCAAAAAUAGUUUCAGAUAAGGCUGUUACCAUCGAACAAAUGCCACUGGCUCUACAGAAGGUUUUACAUAAAACGCAUAAACUUUCUUCGAUGUCCAAUAGAGAGACAUUACAGUAUGAAGGAAAAAUGCAUGAUACAACAUUGACAGAGAAGGCAACUUCUGAAGCAACUAUCUCAUAUGUGGAUAACAAUAUAAAUUCUAAUAUAACGAAUAACUCAUCUAUCGAAUUUACAUUUGAUUCUAAAGAAAUAAAAAACUACAACGAUGAAUCUUGUGAAACAAUCGAUAAAGAUGCACAAGAGAUUAAUAAAGAUAUAUGUAUGAGGAAUACAAAAGAACAAAUUAAUGAAAGUCAUUGCACUUCACAAAGAAGUUCAUCAUCGAAGAACGGUUCGCCAAGAAAAUUGCAAGACAUUACAGAGGAUUUUUACUAUGACUUGCUGCAUUCACAUAAAGACAAUGCCAUUCGACAAAGGUGUCUUAGGCAACGACAAAGAUCUUUGAAUAAUCCCAACAAUAUUAAAAAUGGUAAAAUGCGCAUAGAAAUGUUAAAAUUUAUUCAUGACAUUACAGAAGGUGCUAGAGUAGUGGUGAGACGGCUAAAUAUAGACAAUAAAUCGAAUUUAUUGGAAAAGAAUACUACUUUAGCAACAUGUACGCAUUAGAAAUUUGGUGUUGGAGUGGAAAUAGUUUAUUAUACUCAUAAACGUACAUUCUACUGUAUAUUCUCAUUAAUAUUGCAUAUACUCCAAAUUAUGAUAAAUUGUAAAUAAGGUAA